AUGUUUCAUCAUCAUCGCCCAACAUCGACGAGUCAUUAUGAUUUGAAAGUGGCACCUUGUUCCAAACAUCUUCUUCUUCUCUCAUCACUCAUUCUCUUCCGGCUACUCACAAGUCUUUUCAUGACUACCUAUUUCAGUGCAGAUGAAUAUUAUCAAGGCAUUGAAAUUGCUCAUUCACUCCAUUUUCCUAAACAUCCACAUAUCAUUCCAUGGGAAUGGCAAUCGGAACAUUCAUUGAGAGGAUUCCUUCAUCCCAUGAUACUUUCUGUGGGAUAUUACUUGAUGGAUUAUAUUCAGAAAAUGAAUGAAUUAUUGAAUCAAUUCAAUUUUAAUAUUUUGAAAUUAAAAAUUGAUAACGAAUGGUUUGAAUAUCAAACAAUGAUGUUGAUGGGAUUUAUGGCAUGGUGGCUUCCUCGAAUGGUGCAAGCAGUACUCACAGCUAUUUCCGAUUACUUUUUGUAUUUAAUUUGUGUGAAAUAUUGUAAAAAUUGGAAAAUUGGAAUUUGGUGUCUAUUAAUUGCAUGCACUAAUUGGUUUCAUAUUUAUUGUGGAGUGAGAACAUUUUCAAAUACCAUGGAAAUGAAUGUCACUCUUAUUGCUAUUUAUUAUUUUUCGUAUCCAUUAAUUUCAAAAGAUCAACAAUCGAAUGACACAACAGUCAUAGAUAGAAACAAUACAAGUCAUAGAUGGAAUAUAUGGAUUUUUUUUGCUGGUAUGGGAUGUGUCAUUCGACCAACUAAUGCAAUUGUCUAUGUUCCACUUUUUAUAUACCAAUUAUAUUGCGAGAGAAAUAGAGUUCAAUUUUUGUCAAGUUUAUUUGGAUACUUAAUAUUUUGGAUUGCAGUGUCGGUGAGGAUUGAUUCUCUCAUGUAUGGAAAGUUGACCAUUGUUCUUUUGAACUUUUUAGAAUUUAAUAUUGUGAAAAACUUGGCUCAUUUGUAUGGUACUCAACCAUGGCAUUGGUACUUUUCACAAGGUUUUCCAGUCAUUUUAUUGAGCUAUUUACCAUUUUACAUUUGGAUUAAUUAUUUCAAUAAGGAAUUUCGAGCAAAAUAUUUCAAACUGAACGUUGUCAUUCUCUUUCCUAUUGUAUUAUAUUCCUUUCAGACGCACAAAGAAUUUAGAUUUAUUUAUCCAAUUGUUCCUCUCUGUUUUAUUUCGGUAGCAGAAUAUUGCUGUAACAAAUUCGAGCAAGAACAGAAGAAUUUCAUGAGCUCGUUUAAGAUUGUUCUGGUAUUUGUAAUUUGUGUUCAAAUUGCUGCGGCACUCUACCUUGGAAAAAUUCAUCAAAAUGGUCCUCAACAAGUGAUGGAUUACUUAAGGAUGGAAUACUAUAACUAUGAGAGAAGGAACAGCUCUAGUGACGGUCAAGAUAGCUCACUCAGGGUACACUUGUUAAUGCCAUGCCAUCAUACUCCAGGUUAUUCCUUUCUCCAUCACCAACACUUAUUCUCUAAAGGGAUCCAACUCUAUCACUUGGAUUGUUCUCCUUUUGAUGGCAACAACACACAGGCAGAUCAAUUUUACAGGGAUCCUGUCGGCUUUACCCUUAAUCAAUCCAAGACCAUUGAGAAUGCAGACUACGUAGUCAUGUAUGACACGAUGAGCAAGACUCUACAACCAGUACUCAAGAAUCACUUUUCCUUUGCCAAGCAAGCAUUCCACAUGCACAUGUUCAUGCUACACGACAGCAGGAUGGGUCAGUACAUGGACAUUUGGAAGAAAACCCGAUAG